AUGUCGCAUCAAUGCUUCGCCUACGUGGUGCUGGCUAGUCUCCUCUCAUCACAAGUUCUAGCUGCACCCACUGGUCGUCCUUCUGUUGUCGCAAGAUAUGCAGCUAUGUGUGACGACCCGGCUAUAUCCUGGGAUGAAAAGAAGGAUGUGCACUGCCCAAUCUGUGUCAUGGACAGCUUUCCGAUGGAAUUGUGGGACAAGUAUUGUGGCCCGACUAUGGCUCCUUCUGUCACUCACCAAUACGCCGCGGGCGUCUGGCGACGUGAUGAUGGAUCAGAAGGUGAGCUGGCAAGUGUCGUCGAAUCAGUGGCUGGGGGUCCCGUUGGUGACAGCGGGGAUAAUGAUGAAGACACCAAGCUUCAUGCUCUUCCUUACCUUAACCAUCCUAAGAAUCUUGUACCGGUUCUUCCUGAUACCGGCAAGCACAUUAGGCCUUUCCCCAUCGCCAUGCCGGUUCCUAUAGAGCCUCCGCAAAUUAUUAACCCAAGGCCUAUCUCUGAACUCAACCCAGGGUUUCCGACUGACGAUGAGGUGUACGUGACCAGCAAGCGUCGCAAUGUCCAAAGUAUCGAGCCUGUGGAUAAGGACUUUUCAGAACACCUGAUUACUAGUGGGCUUUGGGCUGAGCGUCAUCACAAGGCUGAUGGUGUUUACCGCCGCGAAGAUGCGCUUCCCAACACUGAGCCAGCAGUAUCCUCCCUGCCGGUCGAGGCCAUGACUGCAGAGGGUGAUGAAGACUUCCUUCCAAAAGAAACUGUGGCGGUUGUUUCCGAUCAGAAUCCGGAUGUCUCAGAGGAUCAAAUUGCAAUGAGUUUUGACAAGAUUGCCCACAAACCUGCUUCUAUAGUCUGGCGUAGGGAGGUCCCCCGUCCAGCCAACAAUUUCAGGCUAGGAUAUCCAUUACACCAUGGCAAUGGUCGCGCGCCCCUUCCCUUGAUCAAGAGCGUAAAGUCUAUUGGCAAGGAAUAUCAGAAACGGGAGGCAAGUCCCGUGCCCCCGCCAGAGUUCUUCGAGCACGGUCAUUCACCUUCAAAACCACUACCCCCUUUAAAACCCAACCAACCAAUUUCCAUUCCAUCCGAUGACUGGACCACCUACGAAGCCCUUCCCAUCGUCUCCCCCGAAUCCUCCCACAUUCCUGCCCGCCAAUCCCCCGGAGCAUCCGAACCCGGCCUCGGCGACGACUACGCCAAAUACGAGAAACAACGCAAAAAAGAAGAGAAAAGGAAGGCCAAGGAAGACAAGAAGAAAGCCAAAGACGAAGAAGUCUACUCCACCAAACCCCCACACGUAUGGUUCACCCCCGCCAUAACCCACAUGCAAGUCACCAACAUCCACCGUCGAGACGACGCAGAGCCGCAACAAACAACCGACAACCUCCUCCUCCCACUAGGUAAAAAACCAACAUGGAAAUACACUCUCCCCUGGUACACCCCCGCCGUAACCCACCCAGAAGCAAACGAUAUCCACCGCCGCGCAGGGACCCAGCAAGCCGACCUCGACUUUGCAGACGGCAAACGCCCCGUCUGGACUCCCGCGCUAACACACAUGAAAUGGCCAGAUAUCCAUCGUCGCGAGGAGAGGAUCAUAUGGACGAAUCAGCCGCCGACGGCGUCGAACCCUGCCAAGAUGCAUGGGAAGACGUGGGUUGUGUAG